AUGGGGAGAAGUCUUGAUCAGAGGAGGACAAGAUGGCUAUGGUGGACAUCUGUGUGGAAGAGACGAAACGUGACCCUGAGUCAGACCGCCCGCUUUAAAUCCAGGCUUUGUACUUGCUAUCCAUUUGAUCUUGGCCAAGUGAGUUCAAGUUUGAGAGAUCAGAACGUGGAUAGAAGGAAUGAAACCUUGGCCAAUUUCUUUCUCUUGGGGCUUUUCCCAGAGCUGCAGUACAUCAGCGUACUCAUCACCUCCCUUCUUCUGGUCUACAUCAUCGCCUUCUCUGGGAAUGCCAUCCUGAUCCUUUUGAUCUGGGCGGACUCUUGCCUCCACACUCCCAUGUACACACUACUCAGUCAUCCCUCUCUUAUUGACUUGGCCUUAAUUUCCACCACAGUCCCAAAGAUGACCAUCAACUUUUUCUCUGGAAAGAGAGACAUCUCAAAAGUUGCCUGUGGAACCCAGAUUUUCUUCUUCUUUGCCCUUGGGGGUAGUGAGUGUCUCCUUUUGACCCUCAUGUCUUAUGACCACUAUAUGGCCAUCUGCAACCCCUUGAGAUAUUCCGUUAUCAUGAACCCCAGAGUCUGCCUGCAGAUCGCCCUGGUGUCCUGGGGAGGAGGUGCCCUAAAUUCCCUCAUCAAUACCAUCUACACCAUGCAUUUCCCCUUCUGUGGCACCAGGGAAAUCCACCACUUCUUCUGUGAGAUGCCUGCUGUCCUGCAGCUGUCUUGUGAGGACACUUCUUUGUAUGAGACGGUAGCGUCUGUCAUCUGCAUUGUGUUUGUUCUUCUUCCCUUAGGACUCAUCAUAUCUUCCUACAUGCUCAUUUUUCUCACAGUUCUCCGUAUGAAUUCACCUGAGGGCAGGAGGGAAGCCCUCACCACAUGCUCCUCUCAUCUGGCUGCAGUGAGUCUCUACGAUGGACCAGCCAUGUUCAUUUACAUGAUGCCUCACUCCUUUCACACUUCAGAGCAGGAUGAAAUACUCUCCAUGAUUAAUACCAUUUUCACCCCCAUGCUUAAUCCUCUCGUUUAUAGUCUGAGAAACAAGGAGGUACUGGCUUCCCUGAGAAAAUUAAUGAAUAGAAGAUUCAUCUUGAGGUAG